CCCACACCAGCGUGGCGGAGGUGUUUGGAGUCUGCAGGCUGAGCGAGCGGAUUGUUCCCCUCGGAGCAGGUUUGCAACUUUCUAGGCCACCACAACCAGCUCCGGCCCGCACCAAAACAAUUGCAAAUUCUUUGGAAUUGAAUAAGGAAACACAGCAGUCGGCGCUGUGUUGACGUUGUCUUUUUUUCCUCCCUCGUGGAAGGUGUCCGCUUCCUUGUUCGCCAGCGAGCUCAAAACAUCUCCACAUCCUCACAAAGAAACUUUGCUUGCUAGGCAGCUAACUCGCCAGAACACGACAAGAAAAGUGGUCCAAAGCUCAUGACGAGCCACAAAUAACCAAUCGGCGUCGGAGGUAACGCUUUACCCACUCGUGGAAAUGUCUACUCAGUGACUCUGGCGUGAAUUUGCCUCGUUUAUCAUAAGCGAACAAUCGAGGGAUUGCAGCGGCAGUGCUUCCCAGAGAGCAACCCCCACUCCAUCACCUUCCUCCACAUCCGUCGCUGGUCCACCAACGGCUGCUGCAGGCAUGUCAGGCCGGAGUGGAGCUGCUCUGGGGCCCCAGCCCCUCAAGGCAACCGUCCCCUAUCAGCUGGCCAGCAAGCACCGAGCCAAAGGCAGGGAUGGAAAGUCAGCUGGAAAGGCCAAAGCGCAGCAGCUGAGUCCCGGCAUGAGGCGGACCAUGUCUCUGGACGCCAUCAUCGGCCCGUACCUGCAGGGCCACUGGCCCAAAGAACCGGACGUAAGCUUGUGUCGAACGGACAAGUCCACUCAGACUCCUAACUGGACCGACAAAACGCAGAGCAGGAGGGAGGACGACGGCGGCGUCAUCGGACACAAACGCUCGGCGUCCUGGGGCAGCGCCGAGCAUCUCCAGGAAAUUACCAAACUCAAACAACAGCUGCAGCAGCGCAGCAAACCUGCCGUCUCUGGGGGGCACGAGCGAGAGCGCCAGCGUGGCUCAUCUCUCGGGGGCUGUAACCUAGGAACCACUCAGACUCAGCCCAUUCCCAUCCCGCUGGCUCCCCUCUCCACGCUGGUGCCUCGGCUGCGCUGCAGCGUCGAGGGCCUCAACCAGGAGCUGGAAGGCAUGUUCGUCUGUCAGCCGGGCCACCGGCAACAUCAGCUUCUGGAGGUUCCGGACGGCCACCGUGCUCCUGUCCCGCCUCAGAGCUGCAGCAUAGGGUCUCAAAGCGACCCGGCUUCUGUCACACCUCCCUCGCCGUCUUCCGCUUUGUCCUCACCGUACUGCUCUCCCACCUCCACCUCUCCGCCCAUAUCCGAAGACGGCCAUCUGGACGUGCAUAAAGGGUUGGAUCUCCUGUCUCCAAUGUUGUCCCUGGGUGAGGCGGACCCCUCGCUGCCUCUGCUGAUCUCUUCCUCGCCGGGACUCAAUAAGAGCUGCUGCUUCCAGAGGGAACCUCCGGAGGGCUGCGAAAAAGUCCGUGUUUGCGAGGAGACCAGCACUUCAAACCAGCAAAAAGCAGUGCCCGUCUCCUCCUGCCCAGACCCCAACAAGGUAAACUUUACCCCCUAUGGGGGCUCUGCCUUCUGCCCUGUCAGCCUCCUCAAUCCGUUGCUGCCUUCCAUGGACAAGCUCUUCUCCAGCCUGUCCGUCAGCGGCAACUGCCUGGACCCCCCCGCCGCUCCCUCAGGCGAAAGCUGCACGCACGUCGACGCCAUCUAAUCAAAGCUCACAUUUUUUCCAAUAGUCGAUGCUGUUGCUUUAUUUUCAGAAAGCUUUUUUUUUUUUUGUCAGAUAAGGUGUGAAAUGUUUAUUGGAGAAAAAAACAAAAAUCAUACUUUUGAAAAUAGUCAAUCCAAAGAGGAGCUACUUGUUUUGUCUGUUUAUUUUUUAUAUAAAGUGUGUGCGGUCCAAAGAUUUAAUUUUGGACCUAACAUGUGCGAGAAGUGGGAUGGUCUUGUUAACGUGUUGCUGCUUGACUGAAACACGCACACUUUUGCCUUUUUUUUUUUCUUUUUUUUCCAGUCCACAAAAGGUUAUUUAUCCGUCUCUCACCAUCCUGUUUGUUUGACAGAGCACCGCUGGCGUAAAAAGCAUGACAAAUCACUUGGAUUCUUUUCAUUCACACUUUGCUGAUUGCUGGGUUACUUCAGUGGAAACAUUCCUGCUUUAAACAGUUUCUGAUAUUGGGAGUGAGUGAGGGAGGGAGGAAAUGAGUUCACAUGUUGACGGGCUCAAAAAAAACGGUGUGUUUAGAGAUAUAGUUGACUACCUAACCAGUUUUAGUGGUGUAGAAUUGUCAUUUUGUUCUCUUCAAUCUGGUAUAGUUGUAUCUCCCGGUAGACGCAUUUGCACAAUCGGAACGGCAUCUUUUGCAAAUUAUUUUUUUAUGUUUGUACUUUUGUAAAGUAGUUUUGACACAUUUUUUCUUAUGUUAAAUAACCUGCAAAAUAAGCUAAAAAAUACAAAACUAAAAAAAGCCUUUUAGUUUUGUCUUCAUAAUCAACACAGGUCUUAUGUGAAAUAUUGUAUCGUAUAGUUUUUUUCUUUUCUUUUAAUGCACUUCCAGGAAAGGGUUUUACACAAAGAAGAUGCCCUUGCUUCCAUACAUUAGUCUGGGUUUGUGCAUGUGGCUGGAAUAGUUAGUUAGAUGUUUUCUAGUAGGACUUCAAUUUUGUAUGAGCGGCAAGGUCUCAGGCUCACUUUCAUGUUGUGUGUGGAUGCUUAGGGGGGGAAAAGUUGUGUCAUCUCAGGUACUGUGUUCUGACCACAUGCAUUAGGCCAGAUUAUUUUGUCAUGGACUGUGGAUGAGUGAAUGCUUAGUAAGUGCUUUGAUUUUGUAGGAACAGUAAACAGGAAGUGGGACUGUUAUAUGGAUUUAGCGCCCCCCCCCCCCCCCCGCCUACAUUCGUCUUGACCGUCUCCCUUUUUCUGCCCCAAAUUGUGACAAAAAUGUGAAAAGUAGAAAAAGAAUCCAAUUGUAUCUGAAUUCCAACAGAGGUAUUGCACAUCUUUGUCAUCCAUGUAUGCUUAUAAUAUACACGCUAUGACGUCAGAACCGCAA